GACUCCGCGGCUGGAGAGGAGAGGAGAGGAGAGGAGAGCAGAGCCCCGAGCCGGAGACCCGAGCCGGAGACGCGCCGUCAGGACUCGCACGGUCGUGAUUUCUCAUCAUUAGUGGGUUCUCUAGCUCUCACCUGUGGAGUGGACAGCAGUGCCAGCGCGCGCUGGGUUAAUCUGGGUCACAGGUGAGCGGCUGCUGCUGGUCAGGAGGGGCUUUUUCACGCACUUCGGUCGAGCAGGCUGGACGUGGCUGCCGAGCAGGUGUUGUUCUCUCUUUCCUGGUUGGAUCGGCUGUCGCGCUGAGAUGGAAUGACAGCGGAGGGAAGCAGGUGAUCUGUGAUGCGGGGUGUGGAGGUGAAGCUGCUGCGUGCCUGUGAUUGUCACAAUGAGCUUCCCAGAAAGCAGAAAAUCGGCCUACCUGGACGAGGCCACCUAUGUUCUCCAGAUAUACCCAAGACUGUCCCUCAAAACGGCCCAGUGCUGCACCCUCAAUGUCCACAAGGAGGCCACUGCGGCCUGGGUCAUCCAGAUUGCUGCGGUCACGCUGGGCCUGGACAAGUCCAAGCCUUACCAGCUGGUGGAGGUCAGGGAGACCGGAGGGGAGGAGUGGGUCCUUCAAGCUAGCGACCGUCCUGUUGAGAGGUUGCUGCUAUGGCCGAGGAAAGUCCAAGACCAGCACCUUCAAAUCCACGGGUAUUAUUUCGCCCUCCAGUCAGGCGUUCCUGACGGGCCGAGCCAGUCCGAGCGCGUGUUGUACGUCCGUAGCUUUCUGAAGCCCCAGUCUGAGGACUGUAACGAUCUUUGCAGCCUGCCCGUGCUGACCGAGAAGAACAUCCUGGAGGCUCUUCGGCGCCGCUUUCUCAAGAACCAGAUCUACACCUACGCCAACAACAUCCUCAUAGCUGUCAACCCCUUCAAAUUCCUGCCCAUCUACAACCCCAAGUAUGUGGAGAUGUACGAGAACCACACACUGGGCAGGCUCAACCCACACGUCUUCGCCAUCGCCGACGCUGCCUUCCGCGCCAUGCUGAACAAGCGCCUCAACCAGUGCAUCGUCAUCUCCGGAGAAAGUGGCUCGGGGAAGACGCAGAGCACCAACUUCCUGAUCCACUGCCUGACCGCCUUCAGCCGGAAGGGCUGCACCAGCGGCGUGGAGAGGACCAUCCUGGGAGCCGGGCCGGUGCUGGAGGCCUUCGGAAACGCGAAAACGGCCUACAACAACAACUCCAGCCGCUUCGGGAAGUUUAUCCAGGUGAACUUUUUGGAGGGCGGCGUCGUCAGAGGAGCUACUAUAGAGAAGUACCUGCUGGAGAAGUGUCGCCUGGUGUCGAGGAAGAGCUGCGAGAGGAACUACCACGUCUUCUACUACCUGCUGGUUGGAGCGUCUGAUGAAGAGCGAGAGGAGUUCAAGCUGCAGGAGCCAGAAGAUUAUCACUACCUCAGACAGGAUAACCCUCAUUUGGAAGAUCAAGCUGAAAUCCAGUAUGAAUUUAAGAGGCUUCAUCAGGCCAUGGAGAUGGUGGGCUUUUUGCCUGCCACCAAGAAACAGAUCUUCUCCGUACUGUCCGCCAUUCUGUACCUGGGGAACCUGACGUACGAGGCGAAGGCUGACGGCGAGGGUCUGACGGUGGGGCCUGCGGACGUCCUGUCCACUCUCUCUGACCUCCUCAAGGUGAAGAAGGAGCCGCUGGUGGAGGCGCUGACCAAGAGGAGAGCCAUGACCGCCAACGACGUCCUGAUCCUGCCGUACACGCUCAGCGAGGCGAUCACGGCCCGAGACUCCAUGGCCAAGUCUCUGUACAGCUCGCUGUUCGACUGGAUCGUCCUGCGGAUCAACCACGCUCUGCUGAACAAGAGGGACAUGGAGGAGUCCGUCCCGUGUCUGUCCAUAGGAGUCCUGGACAUAUUUGGAUUUGAGGACUUCAGGACGAACAGCUUUGAGCAGUUCUGCAUUAACUACGCCAACGAGCAGCUGCAGCACUACUGCAAUCAGCACAUAUUCAGACUGGAGCAGGAGGAGUACGUGUCGGAGGGAAUCACCUGGAGCAACGUGGAAUACACCGAUAACAUCGGCUGCAUCAACCUGAUCAGCAAGAAGCCCACCGGCCUGCUGUACCUGCUGGACGAGGAGAGCAGCUUUCCUCACGCCACAGACAACACCCUGCUGGAGAAGUUCAAGCAGCAGCAUCAGGAGAACCUGUUCUUCGUGCCCACGCCGGUCAUGGAACCCGCUUUCGUCAUCCUCCACUACGCCGGCAAGGUCAAAUACCAGAUAAAGGACUUCAGGGCGAAGAACACUGACCACAUGCGGCCGGACAUGGUGGCUUUGCUGCGCAGCAGUGAGCGGGGCUACCUGAGGCAGCUGAUUGGCUCAGAUCCUGUGGCCGUGUUCCGCUGGGGCAUCCUGCGAGCCGUCGUACGGACAGUGGCCACUUUUAAAGAGGCUGGCCGCCGCUGGGUCACGGAACACCCAGGCUCCGUCAGGCGCUAUUCCCGACAUUCCCUGAGGGAAAUGAAGACACCCACUUCAGCCAUAGGCAGACUGAUGAGUCAGCAGUCUCUCAUCGACUUCUCCUUCGACCGCUCGGAAGAGAACCCUCUGGAGGUGUUCGAGGACAUCUUCGCGACGUUCGAGAGUAAAAAGGAAUUGCAUGCCAAAGUCCUGUGCACCAUUAAGCGGUUAGGCGGUGAAGUUCCUCAAAAGCUCCGUCUGUCCACCAUUUCUGUGAGGAAGUCACGGCAGUUCUUUCAGAAGAGCCGGACUAACAGACACAAGCAGCUCAUUCCUAAGAACCUGAUCGACUCUCGCGCUCUGAAGCUCAUUGUGGAUCUCAACCUGCAUAAUCGAGACACCAGGUCUCUCCUGCACCUCCACAAGAAGAAGAAGCCUCCCAGCAUCAGUGCCCAGUUUCAGACGUCUCUGGUCAGGCUGCUGGACACGCUGAAGAAAGCAGAGCCGUUCUUCGUCCGCUGCAUCAGGUCCAACGCAGAGAAGAGGGAAAUGCAGUUCGAUGAAGAUCUCGUCCUGAAGCAGCUGAGGUACACAGGUAUGCUGGAGACGGUUCGCAUCAAGAGGUCAGGAUACGGAGCCAAGUACACCUUCAAGGAGUUCACAGAUGAGUUUAGGGUUCUGCUGCCGAAAAAUCCCUCCACACCCCAGAAGGACAUCACUAACCUGCUGCGGAGAACCGGCCUAGACGACUCCAGCUUCCAGAUCGGCAAGACCAAGGUGUUUCUGAAGGAGGUGGACAGGCAGAAGCUCCAGGAAACCCUCCACAGGGAAGUGAUGCACCGGAUCCUCCUCCUGCAGAGAUGGUUCCGCGCCUGUCUGACCAGGAAGCACUUCCUGAUGAAGAGGAAAGCCAUCAUAACCCUACAGCGAUCCUGGCGUGGUUACCAUGAGUCAACGUGCUUCAGGGCAGCCUCAGUGAUCCAGGCGGCCUGGAGACAGUCUCAUCGGAGAAACGAAUACCUCCGCCAGAGAGAGAGCCUCCGGAAGCUGCAGCAGCUGCAGAAGACCUCCGAACGCAGGAGGCGUGCGGAGGAGGCCAGGCUGAGUGGGGCGGAAUCCGCUAAGGGCAGCCCAGGGGCAGAGGAGAGGAAGGGGGAGGCAUCGCUGACCCCUGGUGGUAAAACAAAGCCUCUGCCCCCACUGCCCAACCAGGCCGUCUCACCAGGUAACAAGAGCGUGGAGGAGAAGAGCAGCCACGUCUCCACCAGCGCUGAGGAUCCUUCAGGGAAAUUCAAUGGUCAAGAACAAGCUAGCGUCCCAGGCCAGAGGGCGAGAGGAGAGAAAGAAAGAAGAGAUAAAGAGAACGAGUCUCCCUCUCCAGCCCCAACUCGUCCAGGCACUCUGGAUCUGAGCAGUGGCCCGAAGUUGGCCCAGCCGGUUCAGGACGACUCCUCCAACACAGCGCCUCUCCAGCGCUACUCCAAACCGUCCACCAUGAAGGAGAAGGUGGAGAAGUGGAAGGAGAGACGGAGCGAGAUUUUGCCGCCUGACAGAUCCAGUUUGAAGGACCAACAGCUGGAAAACCAGAAGUUGAAGAGCUUAAAGAGUCGAGGGAUCUCCAUGUCCUUGGACAACCUGUCCAAGUUCAGCUCCUCUGAGUCAGACAGCUCCCCUCCGACUAAGAACGAGGUGAAGAAACGUAGCCGCAGGCGCUUAAGGCACAAGCGGCGUCUGGCCCGCCCCCGCAGCAGCCUGAUGCUAAAGGGCAUGGAGGACGCAGACCCGGAUUACUGGAGCUUCCCCCUGCCCCCCCUCAGCCCCUCUGAGCCCUUCAGAACCAGCGACCCCGCCGGGCUACAUGAAGCCCAGACGCCUAUAGAAGCACACGGCUCAACGAUCAGUAAGAGAAGCAGCAUGUUGCUGCCCGCUCAGCAGGUCACUCCAGAGAAAACGACAUUUUUUGCCAAGUUUUUGCCGAAAGGUCAGAAGAAGCGCCUGACGCCUCAGGAUGGGAGCGUUACGAUGGCGAGGACGCUCGCUGAGAGAGAUGCAGGAGAUGGAAGCCCCUGCUCGUACUAUCCCAAUCCCACCAUGGUGUCCACUCUGCCCAACCGCAAACACCGCAACCCCACCAUCCGGAUCAGCCGGGGGACGCGCGUUCAGGACCAGUUUGACGCCUUUCUGGACCGACAGAUAACGGACUCUGACGAGCUUCGCCACCUGGACGAGUACCUGGGAAAUCAGAUGAAUGAUCUCCACUCACAAGCGAAGGUUCGCUCAGAGACAGAAGAGAUUUUCCUCAAAGCUACCACGCAGUUCAGAGAUACCAUCAAAAGCAUGUACUCCGUGUCCAACCCCCAGGUUAGCUAUAAAGGGCUGCUGCAGGGUUACAAGAGCAAAGUGACCAACCUGGCCGGGCAGAAGAAGAAGGACGAAGUGCCCAUGGUGGUGAACCUGUUCCAGUCUGUUUUGGAUAACUUUAUCAGGGCGGAGAUCAAAAAAGCCUCUUUAGAAAGAGCCUCUUCAGAUCCUGCAAAGCCCACGAAAAAGAUCAAGAGGACAAACGAUAAGUGUCCGGACAGUCCGCUGGACCACUGCUUCAGCACCUAUCAGGUGAACAUCUACCAGUCGUGCGACCUGUGCAGCUCUUAUAUCUGGGGCAUGGAGAAGGCCUGCAUGUGCAGCUCCUGUAAGAUGGUGUGCCAUAAGAAGUGUCUCAGUAAAAUAGUCCUGUUCUGCUCUAAACACGUCUACAGGAAGAUUGAGUCAGGUAAAAGCACCGCCCACUUCGGCGUGCACGUGAGCUCACUGACCAGUAAUCAGACGCCAGUGCCGGUUGUCAUGGAGAUGAUGCUGUCCUAUGUGGAGCUGCAUGGGCUUUACACUGAGGGCAUCUAUCGCAAGUCCGGAUCAGCCUGCAAGGCCAAAGAGCUCCAUCAGCUGCUGGAGACCGACCCCAAGAGUGAGUGUCUCAAUAACUACCCCAUUCACACGGUCACUGGCCUGAUUAAAUGCUGGUUACGGGAGUUACCAGAGCCCCUUAUGACCUUCAGCCUCUACAAUGACUUCCUGUACGCCGCUGACUUGCCGGAGAAAUCGGAGAGACUGAGGGCGAUCUACAGAAAAGUCGAGGAUCUUCCUGCUCCAAACUACAACACGCUCGAGCGGCUCAUCUUUCACCUGGUCAGAGUGGCGAAGGAAGAAGCUCAUAACCGAAUGUCUGCGAACUCUCUGGCCAUUGUGUUUGCUCCAUGUGUUCUACGCUGCCCAGAUGUGUCCGAUCCGUUACUGAGCAUGAAGGACCUGCCCAGGACCACACUGUGUUUGGAGAUUCUGAUCAUGGAGCAGACCAGACGGUACGAGGAGAAGAUGAAGGAGAUCCAGCAGCUAGAGCACGCCGAGGCACUGGCCAUCAAACAGCUCACACUGCAGAGGAAGAACACGAUUCUGGAGAACCCGAGGAGUGAACUGGACUCUUCUCCCAUGGACAGUUUGGGCACUGAGGUGGAGAAGACCCUGAGAGAGCGGAUUAAAUCUAUAAAGCUGGUGAAGGAUAAUCUGGCCCGCAGGCUGCCCGAGCUGGACCAGGACGCUUCAGACAACGAGACGCUGGACACUGAGUCCAUGAUCAGCUUGGAGUGCUCCCUGGACGACCACUUUGUGAGCUCGGUCUCGGAAGGCCUGAAGAGCGCGGCUUUACGGAGCGGGAGGCCAGAGGGACCGAGCAGGACGGACACUGAGGAGGAGAAGCAAGAACACGGACAGGGAGAGCGCAUCACGUGUGCUGACCAGACCCGAGUCCGGCCGCUGUCGUCCGUCCACUCUGCAGUCAGGCAGGGUUCAGGCUCCAAAAUCAGCGGGAACUUCUCCGACCUCGACAUCCCGUUCAUAGACGAGGAUCUUUAACCCAGAAUACUAACACUGAGCCUUAAAGGGCCCAUUCCACGGAAAACUGAACUUUCUCACUGUCUUUUUAAAUGAUAUAUAUAUGCUGCCUGUUUUCUCUUCACUGUUUUUGUGAUGUCACAAAACCCAGCAUAUUUACCCCCCCCCCCACUUAUCCAGCCUACAGCAGUUUAGCUCACACUGAGGUCACAGUAGGAGCGUUUUAUUCCGGACCCGCUUCACAAGUGAGGUCUGAUCGGCAGCCAAUCAGCGUGGAGCUCAUUUACAUAUAGUCUUGUGCGAAAGUUUGGGCGCCCUGGUUGAAUGUGUUUUUUUUGUACGUGUUGUGGAAAAAAAAAAAAGUAAACCCUCUGCACAUUUUAACGCUCAACCACUGUUUAUUUACUGGCUUGGACAUGUUUGGGAGGAAAACUAAAGCAUAAAAUAUUAAUGUUACACUUUAUUUUGUUUUAUUUUUAUUCCAGUAUGUUAAAUUAGCUAAAAAUGCCACAUUUAGAGUGAAGGGUAACGAUGAGGCUGUGUAUAAAGGUGUAGUAACAGAAACCGUCUGUUCAUUCUCUAAAAAAAGAUAAAAAUGAGUUAUGACUGUUUUUGAGAACACAAACUCAAAACAUUAGGAGUGGUUGGAAUUACAAAACAGGACGUUUACAUAUGGGAGAAAUGCAGGAUGUGGGGCCUAAAAGGAGAAGAUGCUGCUGCUGAAACGAUGCAUGGAUAAAAAAGAGAAAGACGAUACCUCUCUUACCAUUUGCAUCUGUUUUACUGUAGGUGGCGCUGUCGGGGGGGGAAGCAGCGAGGCCAUUUGAAGUCAGGUUGCGUUGGGCGAAGCCGUGAAACCACGCGAUUUGGCAAUCAUGGAUUUUGUAAGCAGAUUCCAGAAUCUGGGGAUUUUGUAAGACUCUGCCUUCGUAGUUUAACACUGUGCCUUUACUCACUCCCACUAAACUGCAUUCAGAAUAUAAUAAUACAGCCUGUAUUAUCUGUGCGUGGACUUACUGCCUUAAUAUUCACCUCUUCAGUGAAAAGGGAAGCGUGUGGGAGGCGUGCAGACGAGACACAAGGCACAUUCACAGCAUUACAGUAAUCGCAGCCGCUGCGAAUCAGGGAAACAAUACUGUACAGAGAAAAAGGUCCAUCAGUUAAACACUUACAGGCCGAUUAGGGAGCGUAGUAGAUUCCUGCAUCACAGCCUGUAGAUGAUGGUGAUCUCUGGCCCACUGUCGCAUGAAUUCCAUACUCAAAUGAUUGUAAAUAGCUGUGUUUUUUAAAGCUGUGAUCUGUCACCUGUUCAUAGGCGCUGCUCUGCUUGCUCGCUCGACAUGUUCUGGAAUCUGCGUCGUUACUUCUCAAUCUCUGAGAGUAGAUCAUAGAUAGUCAUGUUCCCGUUGCUGAUACUGACUGUUCUCCCUAGAAGGUUUAACCCAGAGCCUCUUCUGCACGACCUGCGGUUCCUCUUAAUGCGCUGAGGUUUCAUUAAAAAAGUUGAUCCUGUCACCUGGAAAAGUUGCUGUAUGUUGUUUUAUGGAAAAUAAAACCAAAAACGCCUCAAUCUCAUCUGCAACACAGACAUAGACACUUUAUUCACCAUCCAGAACCACCAGAGAACCUACACGAGUCUUCUGAGCUUAUCUGGAGUGUUGAUGAUGGAAAAUGGUGCUGGAAUGAAGAAGAGAGGACCAAAGAAACCCUGAAGGACCUGAGGAGAUCGUCCAGCUUUGUGGGAGAAGACUGCUCACAGUUUUCGUGGCGAACGGAGGGCAAAAAGCAACAAAUGCAGGGGUGCCAAUAAUUAUGAAAUUUCAGAACAGUGACAUUUUUAAAUUAUUUCUUUUCUUUACAUGAUUUAAUCUCAUUAAACGGUUAAUUUCAUGCA